AUGAGGCCAUGGACUUUGAGUCGUCUGAGCCUGCGCCACCCCGUCCUGCCACUUGCGCGGACGCCGGGUGCCGCGUUGCUGCAACGACGUUUCAACGGCACACAUAGUGAUGACCCAGUAGCCGGUCCCUACACUCCUCCAAGCCUCAGUCAAGCGAAAUCGGGGUGGAUUUGGAAGGACCAUUUCGCUGUGGGCCCGGCUAGGCGGUUCAACACCCUCCUCAACGAUCUCCUGCCCGACGCUUUCAUCUUUCAUGACGGGUAUAAGAAGGCGAUGCCUCAGGGCUUCCACCUCGUCUACUUCCCCAUCCACGCCGCUCCGUCAAAGCUGGCCCCGGAUGGCGCCGAGAGCCAGCAUGUGCCUGGUGGGUUUGAUCUCACGAAGCCGGGGGCGACGAGGCUGUGGGCUGGGGGCUCGUUGACCUUCUCCGAUGACUGGGCCCAACAGGUCCGGUGCUUCAAGCCUGGUGGGGGGAGGACACCGUAUCUCUGGACCUGCAGAGAGACGUUUGCCGGCAUGAAAGUCCUCAAGCGUGGAGACGAGUCCAAGGCUGUGGUGGAGCUGCAGAGAACAUACGGAACGGAGGAGGAGGGAUUCGGAGAGGUGGGUAAAGAGCCGGUCGAAGAGCAGGUUUACAUUGAGGAGACCAGGUUGCUGGCCUUUGUGCCCAAUUUUGAGCCGAAGGCCACAUCGUUUGGAACACCGGGAGAAGCCGACUUCAAGUACAAAUUCACACCAACACCCGAGCAGCUGUUCCAGUUCUCGGCGCUGACGAACAACGCGCACUUCAUCCACCUGGACCGAGAGAAGGGGAUUGUCCACGGCCCGCUCACUCUGGCCCUCAUGCUGCGGACCCUCACCCACGCUGUGCAUGGCCCGACCGGUACUGUGUCUGACGUGCUGAAGAUUUCGUACAGGAACCUUUGCCCGCUCUACGUGGGGCAAGAGGCUACGAUUUGCCUGCGCAAGCGGCCGCAGGAAAUUGGGAAGAGCCCAGAGGAGACAAAGAAUACUCCUGAGGAGAAGGAUUCCAUAUCGGUGUGGGAUGUCUGGAUCCAGGAGCCGGGCGGAGGCAUGGCCGUGAAGGCCACCGCUCAUGUUCGGACAGCACCGGCUCAGCCUCCCAAGACCAAGAAAUACCCGAGUCAGACUGGGUAA